AUGGAUCAGUGUGAAUCAAAUGAAGUUGUAGAUUUACAUGAAUUCCCCUUCUUUCAUUCCUAUAUCGCUGACGUGGAGUCAGCUGAUAUCGCCUCAAGUUCUGAAUCCCAUAUAAGUUUCAAUAUGUUCGGGACGUGUUCUUUAAGAAAUGUUCGGCAUAUUAUGCGCCAGAGUCGGCGUCUUAAACCACUAAGAGUUCACUUACUAAAAUCUGUAUUGGAUUUAUGCAAAGCUGCUGAUUUGGAGCCGUUUGUUUAUGGUGGCACAGCUUUGUCUGUAUUCCGUGAAGACGGAAAAUUCAUAUUACAUGAUACAGAUAUUGACUUGGGUAUUUUAGAAUUUGAUUCUGAAGGAAACAGUUCAUACACUAAAUUGAUUCAUUGUUGUUUAAAAAAUGGUAUAAGUGUUUUCGGUGUGGAAAAUAUGGAUGAAUCUUUACUAAUCAGUGCCAAUUCUGAUUUAUAUGUCGAUUUUUCGGCCAGUACCAGUAGACGUUUUUGGCUUAAAGCGCAGAAAUUCAAUAUGUCUGAAACCAUUGAAGAGAUACCAUACAAUGGGUGUGAUUGCAAACGCAUUAAGUUUUUUUUCAGCACCAAUGGCUUACUUAAAGCCUGUGAAUUAUAUCAUUUAAACUCGAAAAUUGUAAGUCAUAUACAAUCGGAUCCAUCAUUAGUACAUGUUGAUUUGUUCACUCUAUCUACUUAUCUAGAUUCCUCCGAUGACAUAAAGCCUUUGCGUGUAAACUGGAAUUUACCCGGUAUAUAUGACUGCAAAAAUAAGUUAUUCCCAUAUAAUUCUUUCUUUCCUUUAACACCUUGUACAUUUGAAGGUGUAAACGUGCUAGCUCCGCAUGACUUAAAAACUUAUUUAACUAUCGAAUACGGUUACUUGGGAAGAGAUGCUGUGUAUGAUCGUAAAAAGCAGUUGUAUGUAAAAAUUCCUUCAAAGUUUUCUGCUCAAUUACCAUCGUACUUCACAUGA